AUGGCUUCGGCGGCUCCGUUUAAAAAAAUCCCUCUGCGUGACUCUAAAUUCGACUUCCCCGGCAGUCCAUACUCGGUGUCGGUCCUGAAGGUGGGCUACUACCACCCGCAGCCCGACGGCACGUUUCGAGCCGAUGGAACCGUCACGCUAAUCACAGGAGCCGGCAAAAACAUCCUGGUGGACACCGGCGGGCCUUGGGACCGCGACUUUCUGCUGGAGAGCCUCCAAAAAAAAGGACUGAAACCCGGGGACAUCCACGUGGUGGUGGGGACUCACGGCCAUUCGGACCAUGUGGGGAACCUCAAUCUUUUCCCGUCCGCUGUCAUCAUUGUGGGACAUGACGUCAACCGAUUGGACGUGUAUUUGCCCAAUCAGCUGGGGAAAGGGGACGCGUACGUCGUGGACGAGCAUGUGUGCGUGGUCCCCACCCCGGGACACACCGGACAAGAUGUGAGCGUCCAGGUAAAGGGGACGUCAGUGGGGACAAUUCUGGUAGCGGGCGACCUCUUUGACUGCUGCGCCGACGACGACACCUGGCGGGAGUUGAGCCUAAAGCCCGAUUUGCAGGAAACGAGUCGUCAAAAGGCAUUGGAGACGGCGGACAUAAUCAUACCGGGCCAUGGGCCACCCUUUCGGGUUCUGAACCACAACUCAACCAAUUGA